UGUUAAAAAUACCUGAAAAAAUAAUUGGUUGUUUGUAUGUGGUCCUAAUUUAAUCUGUUCGCCCGAAAGCGGUCACUGCGGUUCUGUUGUGUUUACAAAUGGCGAAUGUUGUCAUAAUCUGCAUCCAACCAACUUGCUGUGAAUAUUUUGUCAGUGACACUGACAGAUGAUCAAAGGUAGCUAUCAAUGUCAGUUUGAUUGUAGAAGACGCAUCGAAAUCUAGCUCUAAACUGUCAUCGAUGUAGUCACUGAUUACAAGUACAGGAACAUUCUCGACUGGCUGAUUGAAUUACUAAAACAGCAAAAUGUCUGGAGAUACGGGUCCCACUGAACUGAGUAUGUCAGGCCCAGUAGAGUUAGACCAACUUCAGUUUGACUUCAGUGGUAAAUCAGAUGCAGACAUAGUUCUCAGCGGUGAUGUGAUCGAAGAAAACAAUGACAGUUCGAGAGAACAGUCAGCACUCAUAGACCUCAUCCCAGUCAGUAUGAACAAUGAUGCAUUUCCCGGGGGUCUCGUAGAUGAACAGAAUCAUGUCAAGGUGCAUGAGGAGGAGGGGACAGAGCAGCAAGAGGAUGCUGCACAAGACCAGAAAGCACAACUGAAUGGACAUCAUGCUGGUGAUGCACAUGCAUUCACCAACAUCCUGAUUGAUGAGAAAGUGAUGGAGCAGAAUGAAUCUGUUGAUUCAUCAGCAGAUAGUCAGAAUGGUGUGCACAGUGGACAGGGUGAAGAAGCCAUGGUGAAAGAUGAGAAUUCUCAGGUACAGGAUAAAGAUCAGAAUUUACUGAGAGAGAGUGUGCGAUCUUCGACAGAUGUGAUUGUUGAAUCUGGCCCAAUCCCAGAGAAUACCCGUCCUGAUAUUUUGUCAUCUACGAAGAAGCCUAGGGACUCUGGUGAAGGUGAAGACUCUGAUUCAGAGUUCGAAGAUGAAUAUGCAGAACAGGAAGUUAUCCAGAAAGAGGAGUCUGAAUCUGAUUCUGAGUUCGAGGUUCCUGAUCGUCCAAAUGAAAACACUGGCAUUGAUUUGUCCAAAGAAAUUAUCCCUCCAAGUCUGUCAAAAAUGUCCCAAGAUCAAACUGCUCUGCCUUCACAACCUGUAUCAGGAUCAUCUCCGUCAUCAGUCAUCUGUCCCGAAGUGCCAUCCCAGCCUGCACCACAGCUGCCCAGUGUUACACCUCCACCUCAAGGAGACAUCUCCACCACCUUGCCUUCAGUCACAGGGGGUGUUGGCCCAACUCCUGUAGCCCAAGUGAGGGAAACCGACCCCUCUGUAUCAUCAGGGCUACCGUCCAUCUCCUCCAGUAUGGCCAGUUCUUCAUCUCCGCUGCCUGUGUUGGACGCCACGAAGGAAAAGCUGAAAAGAGUUCCUGAACUUCAGAAUUCUGAUGACUGGGAGAAUGUUACCACAAUACAAGCUGAGUUUGCAGAGAACAAGAGUGCAACAAAAGACAGCACAGCACAGUCCUACCCUUCUCCCCUGCUCUCUGUCAAGGAGGCGGUUGACCAUUUCAAGAACUCGGAUCUGUCUGCUGUUAAGCCAAACGUGCGGACAUCCAUUGAAAGGCGUGGGUUGUCAGCAUUGACACACUUCCUGUUUGGCCCUCCCAAGAUACACAGAGACUUGCUGCCUGAGAGAGACAUGAUCUUCUGCGUGGCUGGAUCUCAGCUGGACAAUGAGGACAGAACCCAUGUACAAAUCCUUCAAUCUAUCUACCGCACGCUCACAGGAUCUCGCUUCGAUUGUCAACGCUUCGGGAGUCACUGGGAGGAGAUAGGAUUUCAAGGUCGUGACCCUAGCACUGAUCUGCGUGGUGUAGGAAUGCUGGGAUUGUUGCAGCUUCUGUACUUCCUGCGUAACCCGAAACUGCUGGCGCUCGCCCGGGACGUGUAUAAACUGUCUCUUCAUCCCACACAGAACUUCCCGUUCUGUGUGAUGGGCAUCAACAUGUCCAGGAUAUGUAUCCAGUCACUACGGGAGGCGCUUCUCAACAAGGAGUGCAAUAGGAGAAGGCAAGUGAUGGAAGUCGUGAAUGAGUUCUAUGUUGGGACGUACUUGCACCUUUAUCAGAUCUGGCGGAAGGGGAAGUCUAUCUCCGACUCAGGGCAUGUCAUUAAGGAAGUUGAAGGCCUUGCCAAGAAGAAUACAAAGGGUGUGUUUAAGAACCUGGAAGAAUAUUUAAAGAAGAAGCCAUCAGCUGAUGUAGCUGUGGAAGACAGCAGAGAGGAGUUCCUCAGUGUGUGCAAGGUAGAGGCUGAUGAUUGAGAAGUGAGGGGUACCUGGGGUUCCCCUGGGUGGAUGAGUGGGUGGCUGCUGGCAUGAUGGGGUGUUGUACUUAAGGUGAAGCAACUAAGGGAAGAACUCCUCAGUGUGUGUAGGAAGAUGAAUGAAGGGGUGUGUGAGAGGGUCAGAUAUAUUACCACAUCAUUAAUGGAGGAAAAGUUUCUCAGUGUGAUUAUUGUAAAUGUUUACACUUUGUAUUUUUAAAUACAGACGUCUUAAAUAUAGAAGAAGUAAAAUUUAAAGAAGAUUGUUUGAAAAACAUAUAUAAUGUCAAAUGCCUACCUUUGUUAUAAUUUGUUCAAGUUUAUUGUUAUGUAUGAUGCAAGUAGUCUUUGAUCAACAACAGAUGGAAAGAUUAUUACGUUCAUAUUGAAUGUUUUUCUUUGUGUAUUAACUUUGUUUGUUCCUUUUGGUAUAUUAUUGUAUUUAAAACUGAAAUCAUGGUAGCAAUGUCCUCUACAAAACAGACAUGGCAAGGGACACACUGUGUAUGUGUUAGGCACCUGACAAGGUUCUGGGGCAGAACACUUUACUGUUCAUUGACAAAAUUCUAGAGGACCAUUUGUGUAAUUCAUGUUUCCGUCCAGUAGAUGUGAUUCUGUAUGUUUUGAAGGAUGUGCUGUAGCCGAUGUUCUUAUGGAGGAAUGAAUAUCAUAGUUACUAAAGAUUGUAUCAAUGCAUACUGUAGUUGUGUUGUAUGUCAUGUGGAUGUUGUACGUAUUGGGGAUGAUUCAGUGGAACUGUGAUUCUGGGUGAUAUGCAUUUAUGUUGUGAUGUUUUUAUCUGGGAGAUGAGGGGGUGUCAUGGUGCCCUUGCCAUCAGUUGUAGAAUAUAGAACAGUCUGAUGCUCUGGAGGCAAAGAGUACAUACAGUGUUUCCUGUACCAAAGAUGAUAUUUCCUGCCAAUAUGUUUAUACAGAGAGCAUCUAUAUCUUCAUCAUCAGACCUCAACAAUUUUUUAUUUUCAACUUCCCCAGUGUCAUUAAAACUAAUCUCAAAAGGAAUACAGUUGAAGGAAUAUUUGUGUUGUGUUUGGUAAUUCAUGUCCACAGAGAGAAUUAUCAGCCUUGAGGUGAUAUAUGAAAGAGCAUCAUUUUGAAAGCUGACAUUAAACUGGCUCCUAAACCCAUCCUUCAUUCAGACUGGGUGGUCAGAAGACUCUUAGACGCAUUGGCUAAUUAGAAAGUUCACCUUACGCGACCUGAUAUAAAUGUGUCCAUAGAUCUUGAUGGGGAGGUCUUGUAUCAAAGUACAAGAUCUGAACAAGGAACCUGCCUGAAAACCUAUGUCCAACUCAGGUGAUAUAUUGACUGUAAUGGCUUUGUGAUAUGUUAUUAUGGACCUGUUCAAACUCCCCUGGUGAUAAGAUAUGUGUCAUAAUUAUGCUUUUAUAUGCAAACAUAUUGUCUCAUCAGACUAGCUGAUAUUUAUGUACAACAGCUCUGUUACCAUAUAAAACUUUGGACAAGUAUUGUUGGUAUUGUGUAUUAAAGCAUUGUAAGGGCAUAAUGUUUUUUCCUCAUACAGAUUAACACAGUUUGGAUGGCCAAAACCAGGAGAGGCAUGUUUUGUGUACUAUAAACAUUUAUUUAUAUAUGGCAAAAAAGGACACAGAUCUUGAAAAACAUGUUAAAAUAAUAUUAUAGCUCCAUAUUUUAGGGCUGUCCAAGUGUAUUUUUCAUAUGUCCAUUUAGCUUUCAAAUAUUAUCAUUUCAGUGGGCGAAAUUAAAUCUUUUGUGAUACAUGAUAGAAAUAAAUUCCAUUUUAAUUUAAAUUUGUAAGGUUGUAAGAUUUAAAAAAUUUGUGAAAUUACUUCCAACAUGUUCAAUGAAAUGUUCCAAGAAAACUUAACAGGCUGCUUAAAAGAUUAGUUACUACUGUUUAAUAUGUGAAAUUGUGUUUGUUUCCCACCACUGGUAUGUAAAUUAUCAUCAUGUAAAAUUUAAAAACAUUAUUUUGUUGUUUAGAUGAAAAAAUUCAUCCCAUAGACAUUACAUAAAAAGUCAGUGUUUGAUGUCAAUACUACUCGUUAAUAUCGGACAAGCCAACAUCAUGUGAUGCUGUAUCUACCAGAGACAAAGGCUAGUUAUGCACCAGUGGAGGAGUGAGUGAGGCAGUGUAUGAAAUAUACCCCAAAACCAGGCAUCAGGGCUGGUAACUUCAAAAUGUCACCAGCCCAAAGAAUAUUACUCAGAUGUAUGGGACAAGUUAU